AGCAUACCGAAUCUCACCAAUCUCAAUGGCAGAAGAAAAUGCAACAGCAAAAGAAAACACGGAGAACAGCCGUCCAGAGUUCCCAAUCGGCCGGAUCAAGAAAAUUGUGAAACUCGACGAAGACAUUAACAAAAUAACCUCCGAAGCCAUGUUCCUCGUAUCGUGCUCCACCGAGCUAUUCCUCCAGUUCCUCGCCGAGAAAUCUGCCGAAGUCGCAAUCGAGAAGAAGCGAAAGACUAUAAAACUUGAUCACCUGCGAACUGCCGUUAAAAGGCACCAGCCAACUAGCGAUUUCCUUCUCGAUUCGCUCCCCCAGCCUGUUCAGUCUGAGAAUCGACCUGCAACCGACCGGACUCGUUCUCGUACCGAUGUGGAAAAAUCGUUGCCGGUUGGGACUCGCCGGAUUGAUCAUUUCUUUAGCAAACCGGCAAAUGAGACUCCAGUUCAGAUCAACGAUGAUUAGGGCUGAAUUAAUUAGUUUAAUGGAAGUUUAUACAUAUUUGUUCCAAGAUAUUGUAUUUUUUUCUUUUUUGAAUUUUCAGAGUUGAUACUCAAUUAAUUUAUUUAGAAUUCGAUGACAAAGUUUCCACUGACUUGAAUGGAA